UUUGAGAAGAUGGCCUUUCUAAUGAAAAGUAUGUUGAGCAACCAGGUAAAGAAUUUGGGACUUGGAGGUGGAGGGGACGAAAGCAAAGAAGAAAGCACCCCUUCUGAUCCAGCAGCAGCUGCAGGAAUGACCAGAGAGGAGUAUGAGGAAUAUCAAAAGCAAAUGGUUGAGGAGAAGAUGGAAAGAGAUGCAGCAUUUGCACAGAAAAAAGCAGAGCGAGCUGUUCUGAGGGUUCACCUGAGAGAAAAGUACAGACUGCCCAAGAGUGAAUUGGAUGAGAAUCAAAUACAGAUGGCGGGAGAUGAUGUGGGAUUGCCAGAAGACCUUCAGAAGAUGGUGGCAGAAGAUCAGGAGGAGGAAGAAGACAAGGACUCUAUCCUGGGCCAGCUGCAGAACAUCCAGAAUAUGGACAUGGAUGCCAUCAAAGAGAAGGCACAAGCCACCUUCACUGAGAUGAAACAGGCAGCUGAGCAGAAAUGUUCCAUGAUGUAGAAGAGCCACCACUGCCCAAAGGCUGUAACUUCAGUCUUGUGUCGCUGGGGAUGCAGAGGGAGAGCAGGCAGAGGGAAGCGCUUAGCUCUAGAGCAUUCCAUGUAAAUAUAGAAAAGUGAUGAGAGAGAGACUUAAAACCCUGAGGGGAGAGUAAAAUUUUACCUGCUGGGACUGCCUAGAAAGAAGUUAGAAUUGAUCCUCAGUUUUUAACAUAACUUUUUCCCCCAUGGAAAAAAAAUGGCUUUAAAACAAUGAAUAUCGGAGAAAAAAAUGUGCCUUUUUCCAUUUUUUCCACAUGACUGAAAUGCUAUUAAAUGUGUAUGUUUGAACAAAAUCGUACUUCUGAUACAUCACAUAGAGGUAGCCACUCAUUUAAUCCUGCUUUCAGAAAUAAACAUACAUAUUUCUUAU